GAGAAAUGAAGCUGUGGCUGAAAUGUAGGCUAUACAGACAGUGCUAGAGUGCUACAGGUUAUGCGGUUUGAAAAUGUUCGGUGGAACUUGAAUAUGGUAGUGCUGCAGUUCUUUUGUGCUCUUUUAUGCUCUUGAUGGCUAGUUAAAUGUAAUUAUAACUUUACAACUUUUAACGGCAUACUUAAGUUAGUCCACACUGAACGAAAUAUUACACUGUUAGCACAAAGGUUUCAUGAUAAGGUAAUAACUGCCGUAGUCUAGUGUCUUCACAGUGCCACAUGGAAAACUUUUUUUGGAGAAGAACUAAAUUUAAGCGAAUCCAAUAUUCUCCACUCAAGCUCUCGUAAACUGAUGAGGACUGUAUCGCGUGUUCAAAAGCAGCGAAGUCUGACAAAAAUUUUGCAUUUGUUGGAGCGUCAUUUGGAUUGUGCGAACGGAAAGUGAACUGCAGGCGAUACCCAGAUGAACAAAAUGUCAUACAGAAAGUGUAUCAUUUAUGGCGAUGCUUACAAAAGCAUAUUAGUUGUUUGGACCGAAAGUUCUGUAUAAACACGGAAGCAAGCCACAUUAAAUUGACGUCAAUAGCUCUUCUUUCCAGGGCAAAGCUGAGAGGUGAAUGUCUCAGGCUCUAAGAGACCACUCGCUGGCUCCUCUCUCACAGUGAUCCGGCAUUUUCCACUUCAUCUGAACUGGAAUCCUCUCAGCCGCGCAUCUAAUGACACACAUUCUCCAGUUUCUACAUGCUGCUUAGGAACUGGGCUCCCUUUGCUCGCUGGCUCCCACUUGCUCCUACGGUCAUUAAAAAAAUAAGAAAUACAGGAUGACAUCAUGCGCGGAAUGGCGGGAGAAGGGAAGGGCCUUAAAUCUGACGAGAGGGCCCUGCAGAGCUGUUUAGUGCGCAGCGAGGAGGAGACAGCCGGAGCCCACGGCGUGUUCUGCCCCUUCCCGGGAAUCCGGCGCUGGUGAGAGGGGGUUCCCCCUCGGCCCAUGAUGCGGGGGUGUCCCGGGCGGGCUGAGCCAGGAUGCCCAUCACCCAGGAGAACGCCCUGAGCCACCUGCCCGUGCUGGAGCGCUGGCUGGGCGUUCAGGAGCACCGCGGCGGCGCCUCCCUCUGCCGCGCCGCCAUCCGCAAGCUGGUGGAGUACAUCCAGCUCAACUUUUCGGACGGGGAGGGCGUCCCGCCUGCCGCCCCAGCCCGGGACGGCGCGGACGCGGAGGUGCUAGCCGUGUGCCUCGACAAACCGGAGGGGGGCCGGGAGGAGUUCGGCCUCAGCUUCGGGAACAUUCCCAUGCUCGGGGAUCCUGAGGGCAGGAAGAAGAGAGUGAGGCGAAGGCGGAGGAAGGGCGAUGAAGGCCCUUUGCUGGACGUGGGCUGCCUCUGGGUGACGGAGGUGAGGAAGACUAGCCCCGCCGCCCGCUGUGGGCAGAUAAGGCUGAGGGACGAGCUCCUGUCACUCAACGGCCAGCUGAUGGUGGGCGUCGACGUCUCUGGAGCCAGUUACCUGGCCGAUCAGUGCUGGAAUGGCGGAUGCAUCUACCUGAUCAUGCUGCGCAGAAUCAAACGCAAGGCCCCUGUCCCUCCCUGCAACGGCAGCAGCGGGGGCGGCGGAGGGAGCGGAGGCGGGGCCAGCCCCAGCGAGCAGCGCGGCGCCGCCCCCUCCGAGCCCAAGGCCAAGCUGACGCAGAGCAGCAAGCGCACCCGAAAGUUUGGCGUCAUCUCCCGCUCCUCCUUCGCCCACGACAGCAAGGAUGGUCCGGCGCUGGAGAACGGAUACUGUUCAUCCAUGGAGGCGGAGACCUCGCCCCCUCAGCCCGACGCCCCUGUAGCCCCGCCCGUGGAGGAGACGCUGAUCACGGGCCCGUCCACGGUGGGUCAGCCCCCGGUGCCUAACGGCGAGUCUCCUGUGGCCUCGCCCGCUCGGCCUUGCAUCCGCCUCUCUGAGUGCUACAAGAGUGAAUCUCUGAACGCUGAGCUGUCCUGCCAGCCCAGGGAUGGCAGUCGGAUUUGGAAGAUGCACAUGGUGAAGGGGCAGGACGGCCUGGGGAUCCAGAUUACCGGAGGUCGGGGGUCCAAGCGGUCCCCCCAUGGAAUCGUGGUGGCCCACGUGGAGGAGGGGGGUGCCGCCCAGAGGGACGGCAGGCUGAAGGCCGGGGACGAGCUGCUGAUGACCAACGGGCAGUCCCUGGUGGGCCUCUCGCACCAGGAAGCAGUGGCCGUCCUCCGCUCCUUCACAGGGCUGGUCCAGCUCGUUAUCGCCAGCAGAGAGGAGUCCAAUGUUGAUUUCCACAAAUACCCGUCCACCAGCCUGCCGGACCUGGUGAGCACGUGCUCAUCCCAGGAUGCCUCUCCGUCUCUAACGGACGACAAAGAGAACGUGGAGCCCGAUGGCAACGACGCGGCGACCGGUAGCCUCCCCCUGCCAAGCCUGGACACGAUCAAAGAUCUGGAUAAACUGGGGGAGCGGGGGCGCAUAGAGGGACCCAAGGGAUGCUGUCGCAGCCCGACACCCAUGAAAUUCCGCAGUCGAUCUCAAGGUGGGGGCAGCCGUUUAGAGUCAGUCGGAGAGGACGACGAGCUGAUCGUAGAGAACGGGGACUCUGGGUCUGACAUGGCGGAGAAGCCAACGCGAGGCGGGCGCAAACACUCCCUGCCCCAGCAACUCGAUACUGUCGGCGUCCGACAGGAAUAUCAAAUCGUGAAGAAAUCAGCACGUUCUCUGAGCACUGUUCAAGUGGAGUCUCCAUGGCGACUGGCCCAGCCGUCUAUUAUCUCCAAUAUAGUGCUGAUGAAAGGACAGGGCAAGGGUCUGGGAUUCAGCAUUGUAGGGGGACAGGACUCAGCUCGUGGACGGAUGGGGAUUUUUGUGAAAACCAUUUUCCCCAAUGGAGCCGCUGCGGCAGACGGGAGGCUGAAGGAGGGUGAUGAGAUCCUGGAGGUGAAUGGAGAAUCGUUGCAGGGCCUGACUCACCAGCAGGCGAUACAGACCUUCAAGCAGCUGAAGAAGGGCGUGGUCACGCUGACCGUGCGCACGCGUUUGCGUAGCCCCAGUCUGACACCCUGCCCCACCCCCACCAUGCUGAGCCGCUCCAGCACACCCAACUCCAACACCAGCGGGGGGACGCCUGUCCCACUGGGCUCCGAGGACGGGGACGCGACCUGCCGCAAGGGGCCUGGCCCAAAGGACUGCAUCAUCAUGGAAGUCACACUCAACAAAGAGCCAGGAGUAGGCCUGGGAAUUGGGGCCUGCUGUCUCACUUUGGAGAACAGUGCCCCAGGCAUCUACAUCCACAGCCUGGCCCCUGGCUCCGUCGCCAAAAUGGACGGCAGACUCAGUCGAGGGGAUCAGAUUCUGGAGGUGGACUCUGUGAGUCUACGCCAUGCAGCCCUGAGCGAGGCCUACGCCAUCCUGACCGAGUGUGGGCCCGGUCCCGUCAGCCUCAUCAUCAGCCGGCACCCCAACCCAAAGGUUUCUGAACAAGAGAUGGAUGAAGCCAUCACUCGCACCACACAGAGAGAGAGCCUAAAUAAGGACAGCCACUCAUCUCACACAUUGGGGUUACCCUCGAAGACCCCCUCACCAGUCAUCAGAGCCAGGCAGAGCGAUGGGACCUCCUCUCUCAGCUGGACCAUGAGGAGAUUCCUGGAGCCAGCCAGCAGGCAAGGAUCUCUGAGCUCUGAGGCAGAGCUCUCUCAGUACUUCUCACAGGAUGUCCCCAGCCAGACCUCUCUCUCUGAGACUAUGGUGACGAGCUCCAGCAGCGACAUCCUGCACCGCGUCAAGAGCUGCACUGCCUCAAUCGAGGGUAAUGGAACAUUGCCCCAUGAUGCAGCAGCACUGAAGGAUGUGGCCUGUGGAGCCGCAGAUGGCAGUGGCAGGGCCUCGAGCCCAGCUGCCCCGCAGGCAGACGCAUCCCACCGGGGCAGCGCGAGUGGCAGCCCCGGCUCCGUCCGCAGCCCCCUGCUGCGCCAGCGCCGCAUCGUCUGCUCUGAAGGCGAGGGCAGCGACUCGGACGAGGACGUGCGGCAGGCCAGGGACGACACGGCGGCCUGGGGCAGGGCGGGGCACAGGAGGAUUCUCCCGGAAGACCCCGCCGUGGCCGUCGGCGUGUCUGCUGGGGAGCCAGGGGGGAGUCACGACGGGCGCGAGCUACAACGGAGCGUCGGCGACAACGCAGCCGCAGUGCUGGCCCAGCCCCCCCCACCAGGGGCGGAGUCCCCCUUCAUGCCCAUCCGCAGCCUGGAGCAGGAGGAGGGAGGGGCGGCCGCUAACCUGGGGGUGAAGAAAGACCCCCAGCGAGAGGCCGAGUCCAAGCGCUCGCCUAAACUGGAGCACAAGGCGGUGACGCGGGUCAAGAGCAUGAUGAGCAUCGAGUGCCCCGGCCAGCCACAUCGCCCCAAGGGGGAGGAGCCGCCCCCACAGCCUGCCCAGAGUGGGGCGCGGCCCCCGGCUCGCCCGCAGCCCCACUGCAAGAGGGCGGAGUCCAGCGAGCUGGCCGGGGUGUGCACCAUCGAGACCGUGCUCUUACAGAGGAGCGGCUCAGAGUCCUUUGGCCUGGACCUGGAGAUAAAUUCUUCCCCUCUGAAAGUGCUGAUCACUGGUUUACGACCUGGAGGGGCAGCAGAGAGAGAAUCCAAGGGCAAGCUGUGUGUCGGUGAUGAAGUUGUGGCCAUCGGAGACAUUCUGGUUUGUGCUUCUUCCUAUCAGGAGAUCUGCGAUCUGAUGCACAACCUUCCAGUAACCCUCACCUUAGAGGUUAAAAAGCCAGUAUCAGCUGUAGAUCGACUGUCUUGUCUCAUCCUGUCAUCGGAUAAUGAAGAUCAUUUACAGACGGAUUGCUCCACAUCUGCUUUGGAUGGGAGCACUGAAGGUCUGAAGGAGGGGUCUUUACAUUUUGAAGGUUCCACGUUGAAUUCAGAGGCCUUGGCGGACAAUUCAAAACAGCCUGAUAAAACAAACAAUAAGAGUGACUUGCCAGUCACGAAUAUUGAUGAUUUCAUAACAGAGCUAAGUUCCCCUGAUGAACUUUUAAACAAUUGUGUGACCACAACUGCCAGUCUGGAUUUACACAGUAGUGACAAUACCUCUUGUGAAGCGGACAGCAUUGUCCUGAAGGAAAACAAAUGUGAAUCCACUGAAUCUCGACCCCAACAAUGCCUGGAUUUCUCAGUUUUGAAUACAGGAAGUAAAAGCCAGCUAGUCCCUGUCAGUAAAGCAUUUCUUAACAGUUACUCCAGGAACUUCAGCAAUUUGAGUGGGGAGAAGGCUCCACAUUCAAACAGGGGAUCUGAAGGAAAAAAGGGCAUGUACAGUAUGGCAGAUGACAGUGAGUCAGAAAGCGACUCUACUCCUGAGAAUGCUGACCAGGCACACAGAGCACAGUGCCCUGAUCAGCCUCAGAGUCGUGAUCAGCAGGUGAUGGAUUCUGAUGAUGAGCAGGUGGAGAUUUGUUACGGUGAAAACAGCUGCAGCAAGGCUGAGGAUUCCAAGGUCACAGAGGGGUUGUGUACUUCACCAUCCAAACAAGGGAAAGAAGCUCUCUCGUUUGAUGCAGGUGAGGAAAAGCCCUCCAUUUCUCUACAGAAAUCAGUGUGUUCAAACCCGACUUCCCCUUCUCACAUGAAAGCAGAGCAUAAUGCAAACUCUGGUGAAUACCUGGAGCAUCAGUUCCAGCCAGUUGGAGCCUGUGCCAAGAAAGACAGCACCGCUAUCACCAAUCAGUCACAUUCUAUUAUGAAGCCAACAUGUUUACAGCAGGGCACAGCACCUGUCCCAGUAAGGAAAGUUGAGUCCUCUGUCACGCAAUUUAGCGGUCACACUAUGUCAAGAACGCAGAAUGGAACAGGGAAGUUUCCAGUGCACACAUCACUGACUUCAAAUAAAUCUCUUAAUCCACAGUCAUUGUGUAAUUCAGGUUCAGGAGAGGCAAGUGGCUCCCUUAAUCCUGGCAAGCACAGUGGGAGAGCAUUGGCCGCAUUGACAAUAAAAGACAGGGAGAGGGACAGGGCACAGACCUCUCUCGAAACAAGGACUGCGCUGUCUCAAACACAAAGUAAUACCACCAGCCACUGUUCAAAGACCCUGGGGAGGAAAUCUCAGAAUGAUAGCCUCAGUUCAUCCCAGUCAAGCAGUAGGCUCAAACUUGACAAAACGUCUCGAAUGAGUUCGGCCCCCAAGCUCAAGGGCCUCAGCAUCAAAAGCAGGACUAAGGACCAGCACAUUGUGAAACCAUCAGGGGCCGAAAGUCCAACUCAGAGAAAGGCCUCUCCUUCCCCAGUGCAAUCUCCCAAACUCCAAUCCAAGAGGGGGCCAUCAGCGUGCAGCAUAAAAUCAAGCAAACAGUUGGAGAAAAACGGCACCGUUUCACCAAAAAGCACUGCCCAUAGACAAGAAAAGAAUAUGUCUACUCAGGUUUCCCCGUUGGCAGGAUCCGCAGAUUCUCAGGUGAAUGAAUUGCACUCCAGGCCACUUGCAGAUAAGAGCAGGGACUCUGCAGCUGAUGGGCGAAAGGACUCAGCCUCAGCCCAAGAGGACCGGGGCUCUCAAAGGUUUUCAAAUUGCAAGGAGCAGACUGAAAGUAGAGCCACUCAGCGGACUUUCGUUGAGGUGCGGCUGUCUUCAUCCUCGUCCUGCUCACCUUCUUCUAUAAUGUCCACUCCCACUCUGGAGAGGAAGGGGUCUCUGGAGAAAAAUGUCAACCCUGAUAGUUCAGACCCCAAUCCAGGACAAACAGCACUUUCAACGCAGAAGAGCCUCAGUAGAACUACGGAUUUGUCAUGUUCAACUGCCACAACACACCAAAGUGAGGGGAAACCGCCCAGUCCUCCAGGCAGCAGAAAACUGUUUAAUACUGCCCCAAAUGAUGUGACAUCAGAUGCACCUUGUUCAGCGAGAGAACAGCAGGUCUGCAGAGAUGACUGCCGAUCAGGCAACGUCAUUGGACAAGUCUCCAAAAAUGAGAUGGAUGAAAAAUCUAAAGCCAGCAGAUCCAAAUCACUGCAUGUGAGAUCAGAGAGACGAAGUUGCUCCACAGAAGCCAGCUUGUCUUCGGGCCACAACCCCUUGACCGUCCAGCAGAGAAUCAAGUCUUUUGAAAACCUGUCUGGCCCCGACAGGCCUGCUAUGGCCUGCAUUGAUGUGCAGUCUUACGCUCUCCCAAGCAAACCCCCUCUGAGCAGGAGGUCACCUGGCCACACUGGGCCAGGAUGCCCCCAGUCCACUGAGUGCCCUUCCUUGACAAGCAGUUUAAGUUCCUGUGCUGACAAAGGUCCUGAGGUUCCAUCAGAGCCUGUUCAUCACCCAUCUACUGUGACUUUCUCAAACCUUGAUGUGCCAAAUCAGGACAGCGACGGCGAGUCCCUCCAAGAAGUAAAGGCUAUGGGAGGUGCUUCACCCGCAGUACGGACCAGGAGCUCCCGGACCCAUUCUGGCCUGGCCCGCUCCAAGUUGAGAGAGCUGAGGGCGCUGAGUAUGCCUGACCUUGACAAACUUUGCACUGAUAAUUUUGCCAGCAGUACAGGCGAGGGUCAAUCCAGGAGGACCACGGCGCCUCCGUCGGAGGCCUACAGUGGGACCGAUCUCACCAAGGUGAACAAGAGUGGGACGUCCUGCAGAAGCAUUGGGAGACAUGGAGACCAGACCAAUGGGACACAAUCUGCAGAUGCCAGCUGGUCCAUCAGUUUGGGUGAGCUGGCCAUCUCCCCCCUCCAUCAGAAUAAGUUGCAGAGAGUUCUUACCUCCUUGACGGAGAAUACAGAUGUGCUGUGCUUGAUUCAGGAAGUCAAGGCUCUUGCCAAGACCACCCAAGUAUCAGAAGAUAUUUACUUUGUGGUUCUAACCAAAGAGGAAGGUUCCGGUCUUGGAUUCAGUAUUGCAGGAGGAGUUGACUUGGAGCAGAGAUCCGUCACGGUCCACAGGGUAUUUUCCAGAGGGGUUGCUGGUGUGGAAGGUACCAUUCAGCGAGGAGAUGGCAUCAUCUCUCUCAAUGGCACUGUGCUUGGAGGGACAACACACGCCGAAGCUCUGUCCUGCCUUCACCAGGCCCGGCUGCCCAAACAGGCCCUGGUCGUCAUCAGAAAGGGAAAGGACAGUGAGCUCCCCUCACCCAGACCGGAAGUGUCCUUUGGAACGGGAAUACGGACUCAGUGUCCCAGAGACAUUGUUGUGGAAACAGGAGCAGCUGUGGAGGUGGGGCCAGAUGGUGUCCUCAGUGUGGAGCUUCAGAAGACUUCUGCAGGCCUGGGGUUCAGCUUGGAGGGGGGGAAAGCCUCUGCCCAUGGAGACAGACCCCUCAACAUCAAGCGCAUAUUCAGAGGCGGCGCUGCAGAGCUUUCCAGAGUCGUUGAUGUGGGCGAUGAGGUGCUUGCCAUUAAUGGGAGAUCUCUUCAGGGGCUAAUGCACUACGAUGCAUGGAACAUUAUCAAGGCAGUGUCCGAGGGCCCAGUCCAGCUUGUCAUAAGGAAACCCAGAACAUCUGUAUGACAGCAGGGUCCCUCCGGUGCCUUUGUGUUUGCAGUAGAACUGAAUUUUACUUUUGCCAAAACAAAUAGGUCUGGACAGUGUGUUUUAAAUAAGAGGACUAGCAUUUUUAUACAAUUAAAAAAAUGUUUCUGACGUUUAAUUUUCUGUAAUCCAUCCUGUGUAUUGUGCUCCUGGACUCGGUAUAAAGAGCUUGCACUGUUGCAUACAAUGCAAGCAUGUGCUAGGCUCUGCUAAGGGGGUUUCUGUGAUUACUUGUCAUAUGAAUUAGCACAUAUGAUUUACCAGGCCAAAUUGAAAAUAAUAAUUGUUUCUCUAUGUACCAUUCCUUUUAUGUGCACAAUCUUUUUACUCCAAUUUUAACUAAAUGGAUCUUGCAGCAUGAUGAUGUAUUUACAUAAGUGAGGUAUAUGAUUGAACAGAAGUCUGUCCUUUUGAGAAAUACUGUGGAGAGUGGUUGGCAAGAGUCAGCUGUCUGUUCCAUCUUUAACUUUUGCCAUUUUUGUGGUGGUUUAGUGAAAAAUUGAUCUUGGCUUGUUAUUCUGUGAAUAUAAACCUUGAACAUGGAUGCUAAUUAUCACCUGUAUGUGGAAGAGGACCCUUGGGAAAUGGAUCCAAUGUAAAAAAGGUUCAAAGUUUUGCGAUAUUUUCAGAAGAGCUUAUUACUUAAGGCGUUUUACUUUAUUGCUUAUUCCCAAUAAGAUGCAGUAUUUUUAUUUGUAACCCCAUGGGAUAGCACUAGGCAGAGCGCAUUUCUUCCUGAUAUUAGUGUCAGUGCCAUGUAAAAGAAGUUUAGCAGAGUUGACAUGGGUCACGCCAAGCCUUUAUGACAUUCUAGGGAAGUGCUUGGGGUUCUCAGCCGGAAACCAGAGCACUGUAGUUUUAGCCCACACAAAUUCACCCUCUUGUCCUUACAAUAUUACAUCAACUAGGACAACAUAUGUUGUGUGUGCAUGACUGAGGUUGAGCACGUAUGGGAGCCCUGCUUUGUAACAUGGGCCAAUCAUUUCUGUGGUGACCCUGGCCUGUAAUUGUUACUUUACUUGAACUGUUCAUGGGGGGAAGAAAACAGCCAACAUACUGGGUUUCUCAUCCUCUUAAAGGUACUAUUAAAAUAAAUAUGCUUUUAAGAAAAUGUGAAUUUAAAUGAACACCUGUUUUUACCCACAUCUUUGAACUGUACGUCUUUUUUCUGUGACUUGUGGUUGAAUCCCUCCUGUAUUGGUAUCAUAGUGUGAAACCAAUCACCUACCAAAGUUGCUUGGUGGUGCCAUAUGAAAAUCUGAAGAGAGAUUGCAGUCCCAGUGAAAAAGUGCACAAUAUUUGCCAUUCUUUAUUCAAUUCCAGUGCUUUGUUUCACAUUGUAUUGUUUUGCAGUUGUAGAAAUGUUCAUAUGUAAAUAUGACUGUGGUGUCUUAGGUUUUAAGCACCACUGCUACAUGGUGAUACAGAUGCUACAGAAAAAUUGCUAUUUUACAAGAAAGCUACUAAGAUUAUAUGCUGUCAGAAAUAUUUGAUAUUAUUUAAACGUCUUAGUCUUAUGCUUAAUAUUUCCACACAUCAUUUUUAUUGCAAUAAUUUUCUUUUGCAAAUAUUUAUUUUUUUAACAUUUAUGCACCAAUGAGAACAUUAAAACAAGCUAUUAGCCACUUUUU